AUGCUAGAGCUACAAUGGUUUGGCUUGUUGGCCGUCCUUGCUGUUGCGGAGCAUGGCCUCGCAAAACCAAUCACAGGAGGAUUGGCGCUUGGGAAUUUCAGCUCAUAUCCUGCUCAGUUGCUCGGCCGAGAUACUGUUGAUGAUGACGGAUUCGACCCAUCUGAUCUUUCGUUCAUCACGAGAAUGGCAGCUAUUGGCGAUUCCUACUCUGCUGGAAUCGGCGCAGGGACUCGUCUUCAAGGAGACGGUGACUCGGCAUGCAGUCGAUAUGACAACGCAUAUCCGAAUCUCAUUCACAACGACGGCAGACUAGGUGAUCCAGCUUCUCGAACGUUCCAGUUCAAAUCAUGUUCUGGGGCACUUACAGCCGAUGUCAUCAACAACCAGAUCCCACAGAUCAGCGGGAAUCAGCAGGUCAUUCUGCUCUCAGCCGGUGGAAAUGACGCCGAGCUUACAAAGAUUCUCAAUCAAUGUGUGUUUCAAUGGGCGGUACUCAAUGCAAACCAAGUCAAUACUGCAAAGGCGGCAAGCAAGUUGGAUCCCAAAUUUGCCUUGGUAUCUUCAGUCGACUGGGACUCCCUUGGUGUGGGCUGUGCUGGACAGCUUGCUCGGACCCAAUCAAUUAUAGAUGGGGACGCAUUUUCUGAAAGUAUUGAUGCGGUCAUUUCUGCAGCAAAGUCAAAAUUGGCGUCUGAUGGGAUGAUCUACUAUACUGGCUACGCCAAGUUCUUUGCGGAGGAUAUGUCGUCUGAUUGCGACAACGUCAGCUGGUCUACUUGGAUCUAUAAACUUUACAACAUGUUCCAGCCCGAGGCGAAACUCACGACGCUGAAUCGGAGAGCAAUGAAUGCCCUCGUGGAUGCCGUUAAUUCGAAGAUUUCUGGUGCGGUAGAAAGAGCAGGAAACCAGGUGCAGUUCGUCAACUACGACUCCUACGUAGGUCGCUUCAACGGCCGCUUUUGCGAGGCUGGUGUCGAUGAAUCUACUAAGGAAAGCAAUACCCGAACCGGUCUCAUGUUCUACGAGCUAAACACCAUGGACCCUUUUGGAAGCAACCCGUGGAAACGUACUCAAGAAGAUGACCUCGAGGGCACAUUCGGCGGCACUGUCAAUCAAUUUGCCUUGAUCACGCAGCUGGUCGACCCAGAUGCACAAUUGUCCGACCAGUCGAUGGUUGUUCAAGAAAGCUCCGCCUUGACUGCCUCGAAGGUAAUGUCGAUUGAAGCCGCGGUACAGGCUAGAAGUAUUCCGAAUCUUCUUCCGGACGGAUAUGGACGUGUUUUUCAUCCUCAGCCUUUGCUGCAUCGGGUUAUUGCCUCGCUGGUCAUUUACCAUAUGAGCAAUCACAAUGAAGUCAGCCAUGGAUAUGAAGAAAUUCCAGAGGAGAUGCGCUUUGACUCUUGUCCCUACUUGUCUUCAAAUGGCUCUGACUCCUCGGCAAGCGGGCAGCAAGUUGCGGUGGCAUCUUACAUCAAUCCUCUCGCCGACCCGUCAGCUUGGAAUCGCCUGGUCGGAUACUCCCCAAAAAAGAUGCCUAUAUUGGUUGCGAACGUUAUGAACGGUCCAGACUCCGCGGUGGAUUCCGACUGGACUGAUGUGAUCACUCGGGCAGCGGGUUCUGGCAAAACCGUUCUUGGAUAUGUGCGAACGGGCUACCUCGGUGUGAGCCAACAGAAGUUUGUCACUCGGCUGGGCUCUGGUGAUUUGGCGGACUGGACCGCGCAGAUCGAAGAGGAUGUUGACAUGUGGUACUCGCUGUACGGUGACAAGAUUGGCGGUAUCUUUUUCGAUGAGGGUUGGCCUGAAUGUGGUGCCAACAAUGAGUAUGUCAACCUCUACAAGUACAUCAACGCCUACACCAAACGGGCUCACCCUGGCGCUCUCACCAUUUUGAACCCUGCCAAAGAUCCACGAAAGCUCUGGCACAUUGUUUACAAUGUGCCCGAAUCUGCCAUCUCUGAGGUGAUCAAGCUAUCUCAGGAACGUGGGGCCGGCUUCAUUCAACUCACCGAUGAUACUUUGCCUAACCCUUACGACAAUCUGCCUUCGGAUUCCUAUGUGCAGAGCAUGCUCGAUGCCGUCGAUGGCGGCUCUCUCAAAAAUGCCGAGGCGGCCGGUUGGGGCUCAGGGCCAGCGGGAGGGCCGACAGGCGGACUAUCAGUCAUCAAGACAGACUAUAGUUUAGCCAAGCUAUCUUGGACCGCAGCAUCGAAUGCACUUGGCUAUCAUAUCUAUGCUGGAGACAAUGUAGUCGCUAGCAUUCCUGGCUCCAUGACAAGUGUCACAAUCGGAGGUCUUCAACCGGGAACAAGCACUCAAUUCCACGUGCGUGCUGUCGGAGGGAACGGCGACAUGGGAUUCUCAACACAGAGAGUCACCGCUUCCACUUCGUCCUUGCCAAAUGGCAAGACAGUCGCCAACUACCACUCCGUGCCGAAAAUGGGCUCUACGAAAAUCCAAGCUGACAUCCUGGUGCCUUUUGCAUUCAUUCGUCUCUACAUUUGGGAUUCUGUGGGAUGUGACUUCGAUGUCGACCCUGGAUGGAGUGUCAACUUCAAAGUCGACGAGUAUGUUUGCACAAAGUACAUGGUCGAGGGCACUACUCUGUAUAAGUACAGUGGCGUUCUUCCAAAAGGUUCUACGGCACCACCCUGGUCUUGGUCAGUGGUAGGAGAUGUGCCGCUGACAAUCUCAGGCUACACUUACACUUGGGAUUUGCCUAUUGGCACGCAGACAAUCGAUACGAGCAAAUUUGUUGUUCAAGCUCAAGGCUACAACCCGCUCAUCGAUGCCUAUGAGCCCUCGCCCGAAGAGUACGAUUGCAAGGGUUCGUCAAUGUGCUCCACCCCAGACUUCCUCAAGUGGUGCGACCAUGCUGUCAACUAUCUUCAACGAAAUGAUCAGAAAUACUACGGAACCUAUGAUAGUCAAUUGACCGGAAACUGCUGGGGAGACCAGACUCGAGGUUGUGGCGUCUUUAUCCAAGGAAACAAUUGCAGCAUCAGUGGCAAUGAUCUGUGGAACGAUUACCAGAAUAUUCGAAACGUUGGUGGAUGCAAAAAAUGUGGAUCAUUCCACCGACCUGAUGGAUGUCUGGUCACUAUCAAUUAUGUGUAUACUUGUGACAAUCACGAAGGUGCUUGA